AUGACUCUGCUCUCCAUCCUGCUGGGGCUCAGUGGGCUGGAGUUCAUCAUCUGUUUCCUGCAGGUCAUCAACGGACUGUCAUCUGACUGCCUGGAGCCAACAUGGGGGAGCUGUACGGCGAGCCUGUUCCUUCUACUGGGGUGCUUCACCACUGUGUUCUGUAUCACACGGGAAUAUUUCAUCGGGAUUCAGGAGAUCCAGUGGGAUUAUGCUCCCUCUGGGAAAAACAUCAUCCUCAACAAAACACUGAAGGAAGAUGAACAGGCAGCUACGUUCCUGGAGCGCGGGCCCCAGCGGAUCGGCAGUGUGUACAAGAAGGCAGUUUACCUGCAGUACACCGACGCCACCUACACAAAGGAGAUAACCAAGCCCAAGUGGCUGGGCUUCCUGGGCCCUGUGAUAUCGGCUGAGGAAGGGGACGUGAUCUGGGUCCAUCUGAAGAACAUGGCCACUAGGCCCUACUCCAUCCACUCCCAUGGAGUCAUGUACAACAAGUCCAAUGAGGGUGAGUGGAUGUGGAUGGAUGUCUAGAAUAGAGAAUAGAAUAUCCUACAGUUAUCAACGCAACCUCCAAGACACAUUUACAUUUGCCAUAACUGCAGGCAACAGAGAUUAUGGAUUGUGUUGCCGUCUGUAGAUUAUGGAGUGUGGUGGGACACCCUCUAAUGUGAAUCCUAUGAAUGUAGUGAGUGAAUGGGGUGGGACACCCUCUAAUGUGAAUCCUAUGAAUGUAGUGAGUGAAUGGGGUGGGACACCCUCUAAUGUGAAUCCUAUGAAUGUAGUGAGUGAAUGGGGUGGGACACCCUCUAAUGU